AUGACGCAGAUUGCUUUCCCUGCCGACUUGCUUCGACAACUUCAGGAGAACGUGUCUUUUGAUCUUGGAGCCAUCGAAGAUAUCCGAGCAGCGAUGCAGGAAAUCAGCGAUCGACUUAACCAUCGUACAGGAAUCCUAGGCCAAGCUGUGCAAUCCUUGGACUCAGGUCACCGUCAGGUCUUUGAAGGGUGCGUUACUGUUGAAAAUCAGUUGGAAGAAUUCAAGCGGAUUUUGAGGGCCCAGCAGACCGUGAUUGAGGAGCAAGCCUCGACAUGGACCAGGGAGAUGGCUGCAAUGAGAGAUCGUUUGGAAGACAACCAGGCGGUAAUCAAUCAACAGCUUGUCGUGAUAGAUCAGGCGAAGCAGCGCGAAGCCCUGCUAUUGGCCAAGGUGGAAUCCAUGGCUGGACGUCUGAAUGAGAUGGAAACCAUGCUGUCCAGUAUGAGUGCGAGUGUGAACGAACACAAGGGCCGGCUAAGCAUUCAUGAAACUUACAUUUCAGCAGCUGUAAGUUCGCAGGCUACAGGGUCUCAAGAGGGCGAUGCUGGUGCUGCCGAGGGUGAUUUGGCAGUCCAAGUUCGCAUGUUGGCCGAGAGGGUGGAUCAAGAGCUGGCACAGAUUGCUCGUGGGGACGCUCACGAUGCAGAGGCUGGAUCUUUGAAGGACCUGAAUGCGGCUGUAGACCAGCUUGACGAACGGGUAACGGCACUGGAGACAAGCAUGGAAGAGUGGGAAAAUGCGGAUUGUGAGGAUGAUCAACGUCCUUGUGAGUCUGAAGCGCAUGUGGGCGGAAUGCCCCAGCGAUUUGACUUGACACCGAAUUUGCAGGACACUCCUACGUGGGGAAAUCAAGAGCCUGCAGAUGAACAGGAACCAGAUGCUACCGCUAUGUGGUGGCAGCAACCUUUCGAGUUUUCAUCAACAGAGCAUAGUGCGAAUGUAUCCAUUGGAAGGCCAACGCAGAAUGUCUGGGGAAUUAGUGAUCCUCCUGGUUUGCCAGCGUACCUCCGAGCUCCAAAUGUGGUCGCAGACAACGCUGCGGAUCCUGGGCAGGGGAAUGUUGCACCAGUGCCAGCCGCUCCGCCUCCAAAAGCUAAAGCUGUGAGGAAGAGUCCCCCGGUGGUUCCCAAGGGUGGAUACGGUCCCUACCUUCAGACCGAUGAUGAUUUCCCGGGUGAGAUUAGAACCAUCAAUCUAAUCGUCAUGAACGGUUUGCCUUAUGUUUGCAGUGUGACGGUUCCCAUGUGUCCCGAAGCCUCAAGCAUUCUUGACAUUGAAGAAGUCAUGGCGCAUGUGGCAGAUGAUCUAGAGUGCUGUGAAGCAAGCUUGGUUGCUGUGGAGCCAGCAACAGACCAUGACGAAUCAAAAGAGAGCCAGUUUGAUGCGGACUUCGUUGAGGUUCGAAGAUACUUGACUCAGCAGUACAAGCAGUGCAAUCGCAAGGUUUGCAGUGUGACGGUUCCCAUGUGUCCCGAAGCCUCAAGCAUUCUUGACAUUGAAGAAGUCAUGGCGCAUGUGGCAGAUGAUCUAGAGUGCUGUGAAGCAAGCUUGGUUGCUGUGGAGCCAGCAACAGACCAUGACGAAUCAAAAGAGAGCCAGUUUGAUGCGGUCAUGCAUGGGCUUUUGGUUUGUUUGGCCGAGGUGGAAUGUGUGGAACCACGUCUCACGGCAUACGAUGGCGGAGAGGUCUGGGUAGCUGAUCCAAAACUUGAGCGGUCCAAGGCAGUGUGGCGAAAGACGCAUGAUGACAAGCCUCCUGCGAAGGGUCGUUUGUUGAGCACAAGCCGUACGAUUGCUGAGUUCGACCCGUUUCAAAUGCAUGGCACAGAGCCUUUCCGAGGGCACAGAAUUGUGGUGACGGCGUUCACGCCGGCAGCUGGACAGCAGACCUCAGAGCGCAUGCGUGCUCAUUUGGAGCGCGAAUACGGCCCUGAAGAGGCGAAGGAAGCAGAUUUCUUCCAGGCGGCGAAGUGUGAAGCAGCAUGCAACAAGGCUGUGGAGAGUUCAGCUAAGGAUGCUGAGGUCACCAAGUCCAGGGAUAAGAAUCUUGAGUGGCUUGAGGGAAAGACCUGCACCGUUUGUGGGAAAUCUUCCAAGGCAUGCUAUCUUGAGAAGCUGGAUAAGGUGACGCCAGAGCCAUGUGGAUAUCAGGUUCCUGGAUUUGAUGAAGAAGCAGAGAUGGUUGAGCAAGAGCGUCUAGCCCAGGAGCUCAAGAGCUUUAAGGCAAGCGCGGAACCAUGUGGAAACGAUGUUUUCUUCGGCCCACGUCGCGAGGAUUGGAUUGGAGCGGCACGUAAGGAGCUCGACAACAUGACGGUGCAUCAGAAGGUUUGGAUUGAGGUUCGAAAGGGCCAUAUCCAUGAGGAUUUGGGUCUAGACAGAAGCGUGAAGCUUCCUAAGGCCCUACCGAUGCAACUUGUCAACACCUUGAAGCCUUUGAAUGAAAGCUCUGGACCAAUCGACGAGCCGAAAGUGAGGAUCGUAGCAUGCGGAAAUUUCCAACAUGAUUCCCAGGACAAAGAGGACUUGAGCACGCAGAAUGUGGACAUGUCUGUCUUGAGGACCAUGGCUAAGGAAACUGCUCUAAGGCCAUCGUGGAUCAUGGGAGCAGGUGACAUCAGCGCAGCAUUUUUAAACACCUUCUUGGGUGGUAAAGAUUUGGUCAUUCUUGAGCCGCCGGCAGUCCUUAAACGACUGGGUUUGAUUGCGGAAGAUGUUCAGUACGUCCCAAUCAGAGCAAUCUACGGGUUGCGACGGUCCCCUUUGGACUGGAGCCGGGAUCGAGACGGCAAGAUUUCCGGUAAGGUUUUGACCGAUGAUCAAGGAAGGCAGAUCCACUGCGUGCCUAUCGCGCACCAGGACGGUCUGUGGAAGCUGCUAUGUGGUGACACUCUAGUGGGAUUAGUAGCCAUGUAUGUAGAUGAUUGCUUGGUAACGGGCGAACGAUCUGCAGUGGAAGCGUUCUUGCAGUUUGUGAGCGCAGAGUGGCGAACGAAAAUCCAGGGUUUCAUCGCGAGACAAACGGACGUGCAAGUGAAAUGCAACGAUGAACAAGUGGCACAGAAGCAAGCGCUGAACUUCUUGGGAGUAGAAAUUUCCUUCGAGGGGGAUAAGAUCGUUAUCCAGCAGCGCCGCUGGAUUCUUCAAGAGCUGAAUCGCAGAGGCUGGGUUCAUAUGAAGGGUUCGCAGUCACUUCCUCAGCUGGAGAUGGCCGAGGAUGAAGCACUUGACGAGCAUCAUGCCAAGAAUCUGGCCAAUGCACGGUCAGAAAUUGGAGCUCUGAUGUGGAUUGGAAUUCGGAGUAGACCCGAUGUCCUUGCUGCUGUGUCAAUGGGAGCGAGUGUUAUGCAUCGCCGACCAGAGGCGAUCUGUAAGUUCUGUGUGGGUUUGUGGCGCUAUGUGCGAGGGACCCUUGAUGAGUGCUUGCAGUAUGGACCGGAUGGGAAUCCGGGUGAGAUGACUUUCAUUUCAGAUGCAUCGUUCGCCCCUGAGGGCUCUCGAAGCCGGACAGGUGGCGUGUUGUGUUAUGCAGGCAGUGUGAUACAUUGGUUCUCCUGUCGACAGACAGUCACUGCUUGGUCAGUUUGUGAAGCAGAAACGGAUGCACUGGCUGAGACCUUGUCCCAGGGGAUUCGUCUUACGUAUGUGCUGCAGGAUCUUCUUCAUAAGCCUGUGACGAGGAUGUGGUAA